GCUGCGCGGGAAGCCGCAGGGUCCGGGGACCCCGAGCAGGGCCAGGGUCCGACCCCCGGGUCCCGAGCCCAGGCCGGGAGAUGGAGAGGGGCGGUGCGACGCUCUGUCCCGCCCCGGGGCGGAGCCGAGCCGGAGCCUGCGGAAGGUUAGAGCCGGGGAAAUUGGCCUGCGACUCCCUCCCGCUCUCACGCCUCUCCCCCUCCCUUUCGAGGAGACCCGGUCCCCUCCCUCUGCGCACCGCCGGCCGGAACGAGCCUCCCGGGCGCCCUGGUCCUCGGCCCCGCGCAGGGGCAGGUGCGGCAUCCCACCUCUCUCCCCCCGGGAGCAUCGCGCGGGGCGGCCAUGGCGCGAGGAGACAUCCCGCAGGACAGCUACCACCUGGUCGGGGUCAGCUUCUUUAUCCUUGGGCUGGGCACGCUCCUUCCCUGGAACUUCUUCAUCACGGCCAUCCCGACACCUUCAACUUCAACAACUGGGUGACGCUGCUGUCCCAGCUGCCCCUGCUGCUCUUCACACUCCUCAACUCCUUCCUGUACCAGUGCAUCCCUGAGACGGUGCGGAUUCUGGGCAGCCUGCUGGUCAUCUUGCUGCUCUUUGCCCUGACGGCGGCGUUGGUCAAGGUGGACAUGACACCCGGACCCUUCUUCUCCAUCACCAUGGCCUCUGUCUGGUUCAUCAACUCCUUCUGUGCAGUUCUGCAGGGCAGCCUCUUUGGACAGCUGGGCACCAUGCCCUCCACCUACAGCACCCUCUUCCUCAGCGGCCAGGGCCUGGCUGGGAUCUUUGCUGCUCUUGCCAUGCUCAUGUCCAUGGCCAGCGGCGUGGAUGCCCAGACCUCGGCCCUGGGGUACUUCAUCACACCCUGCGUGGGCAUCUUCGUGUCCAUCGUGUGUUACCUGAGCCUGCCCCACAUGGAGCUGGCCCGCUACUACCUGGCCAGGAAACCAUCGCUGGCACAAGGUCAGGAGCUGGAGACCAAAGCUGAGCUCCUCCGGUCUGGUAAGGUUCACAGGCAUGACCCAGCCGUUCCUCUUGCCCCAGAUGAGAAGAACGGGAUUCCCAACAGCCCUCAGAAGGCAGCCCUGACUCUGGAACUUGACCCUGAGAAGGAGCCAGAGCAGGAGCCUGAAGAAACCCAGAAGCCAGGAAAACCUUCAGUUUUCAUUGUCUUCCGAAAGAUCUGGCUGACGGCGCUGUGCCUUGUGUUGGUCUUCACAGUCACCCUGUCUGUCUUCCCCGCCAUCACAGCCAUGGUGACCAGCUCCACCAGUCCUGGGAAGUGGAGUCAGUUCUUCAACCCCAUCUGCUGCUUCCUGCUCUUCAACAUCAUGGACUGCCUGGGCCGGAGCCUGACCUCGUACUUCAUGUGGCCGGACCAGGACAGCCGGCUGCUGCCCCUGCUGGUCUGCCUGCGCGUCCUGUUCAUUCCGCUCUUCAUGCUGUGCCACGUGCCCCAGAGGUCCCGGCUGCCCACCCUCUUCCCCCAGGACGCCUACUUCAUCACCUUCAUGAUGGUCUUCGCUGUUUCCAAUGGUUACCUGGUGUCUCUCACCAUGUGCCUGGCGCCCAGGCAGGUGCUGCCACACGAGAGGGAGGUGGCCGGCGCCCUCAUGACCUUCUUCCUGGCCCUGGGGCUGUCCUGCGGAGCCUCCCUCUCCUUCCUCUUCAAGGCGCUGCUCUGAAGGCUCCGUGGAGGGCUCUCCCAGCAGCUCUCUUCUCGCCGCCCCUUCAGAGCCGGGACCCAGGGCACAGGAGUGGCGAGCCGGCUCAGGCUCUGCUGGGCUGGGGCCCCUUGGUCUGGAGGUGCCAGGAGGAGGCAGGUGCCGUCUCCUUCCCGGGCUUCCUCGGGGUGCUGCGAGGAAGACUUCACCACCGGCCAUGCCGACCCUCCCCCAGGUGGAGGCGACGCUCAGAGACGGACACUACCCAGAAGCACAGAAGGCCUCCCUGAGCAGGUGGCGGUCGGGGCAGGGGCCGAGGGCCUGGCCCUGCCCAGCAUCGGGAGCGCAUGUAUCUGUUGGUCACAGAACACAACCCUGGCCAUCGAGGGAGAUCCGAGGCCACAGCGGGGACUUGCCGGGGGUGCGGCUGGUGUGGCCCCAGCCUCAGGUUCCGAGUGGGAGUGUGGGCCGGCCCAGGGCAGGAACUCUUCUUCUCCCCAGGCCUCAGCGACCCCGUGGUCAGGUCUCUCGGACCCCAGGACAGAGGAUGCCAGGGAAGUUGAGGGGAGCAGGGAGAGAGGACAGAAGUUAGGGAUCUGAGGGUGCUCAAAGGACUGUCUGGGCCUCAGACAAUGUUUUUGUUGCCAACACUUACUGUCUCCACCCUCAGAGCCCAGCGGGGCGUGGCCCCAGGUCUGUAGUUAGCCUGGAUGUGUGCACUGUGCUUCACAGUGUGCAAAGCUCUUCCACGCCUGCUCUCUCACAAGCCGCACUGAGGCCCUUGGAGGGAGCCAGGCAGGGAUUGUGCUCCCCCUUUGUACAGGUGAGGAAACCGAGUCCCGGGGUAAGUGGCCGAUUCGCAGCAGAGCUGGGGCCCCCUCCUCCCUGUAGGUGCUGUUCUUCCAGCCCAGUUCCUGCUUCUCUCCCUCAAGGGCCUCAAAGCACAGCGCUGAGCACUUACUCCCCGUUUCUGCUGUUUCUGAUCCUGCUCCUGGGUCCAAUAACAAUCUUCUUCAUUUGUAUAA